GCAAUCCGCCAAUCCCUUCUCUCUCCUCGCCAUCCCAACUCGAGCAAUUCCUCGGUUCAGCAUCAGCCAUGGCCGCAUUGCUUACUACCAGAAUUCUCCUCUUCUGUUUCCUUGCUCUGCUCGCCGGAGCCGCCGAUGCUCAGCUCUCGCCGGCGUUCUACGACAGUUCUUGCCCGAACCUGGAGUCCAUCGUGCGAUCCGCCAUGACGCAGGCCAUCAACAGGGAGCAGCGGAUGGCUGCCUCCAUCCUCCGCCUCUUCUUCCACGACUGCUUCGUCAAUGGCUGCGACGGAUCGAUCCUUUUGGACGACACGUCUAGUUUCACCGGCGAGAAGAACGCCGGUCCCAAUGCAAACUCUGCCCGUGGCUUCGAAGUCAUCGACGCCAUCAAGGCCAACGUAGAGGCCGCUUGCCGAGCCACCGUCUCGUGCGCCGACAUCCUCGCGCUCUCUGCUCGUGACGGCGUCGUCCUGCUCGGAGGACCGACGUGGACUGUGCAGUUGGGGCGGAGGGACGCGAGGACGGCCAGCCAAAGCGCGGCCAACAGCAACCUCCCCGGGCCCGGAUCCAGCCUCCGCCAGCUCGUGUCCGCGUUCUCGGCCAAGGGCUUGAGCGCGCGCGACAUGACCGCGCUUUCCGGCGCGCACACCAUCGGGCAGGCCCGGUGCGCCACCUUCCGCUCCCGCAUCAACGGCGACGCCAACGUCAACGCCAGCUUCGCAGCGCUCCGGCGGCGGAGCUGCCCGUCGUCAGGCGGCGACGGCAGCCUGGCGCCGCUGGACGUCCAGACUCCGGCGGCCUUCGACAACCAGUACUACCAGAAUCUGUUGGUGCAGCAGGGCCUGCUGCACUCCGAUCAGGAGCUCUUCAACGGCGGCUCUCAGGACGCACUGGUUCGGCUUUACAGCUCCGACGCGGCGGUCUUCAACCGGGACUUCGCAGCGGCCAUGGUGAGGAUGGGAAACAUCAGCCCCUUGACAGGGAGCAGGGGAGAGAUCCGAGUUAAUUGCAGGAGGCUGAACUGAUCUACAUCUGUUGGAUCACGGGGGAAAAAUAUUCUAUUUUCACAAAGAUUGUAACAAUAAAUUAAGAAGUAUUAUUAUUUUUUAAUUCUACGAACAAACACUCUUAGAAUCCUCAAAUCUAUGUUUU